AUGGUCUUUUCUCUCCUGUCUAGCAGGUAGAUUUUGCGACAUUCAUUUUUCAAAUCCCACAACUUUUAUGUUCCAAGACCAUCCGUGAAUCUUCAAGACAAUCCGGGACUCACCAGAACGCCAUGGAAGAGCCUCAGAAGGAUAGAGAAGACACUGGGAACACAGCUGCUCCAACAGGUACAGACAAAGAGACCUCAGCUCCAGCAGCAACUCCGUUGAGGAUCGUCCUGGUGGGCAAAUCGGGCAGCGGGAAAAGCGCUACCGGGAACAGCAUCCUCUGCCGGUCUGUGUUCGAGUCGCACGUGGGGGCCCAGAGCGUGACCAGGCAGUGCCAGGAGGCCAGGGGCACUUGGGAAGGGAGGAGCAUCCUGGUGGUGGACACAGCCCCCAUCUUCGACGCCGCGCCCCCCACCCAAGACCUGUACAAGAACAUCGGGGACUGCUACCUACUCUCUGUCCCUGGGCCCCACGUGCUGCUGCUGGUCACUCAGCUGGGCCGCUUCACCACCUACGACGCGGUGGCCGCCAGGAGGGUGAAGGAGGUCUUUGGACCACAGGCCAUGAGACACGUGAUCGUCCUCUUCACUCACAAGGAGGAUCUGCAGGGCGAACCCCUGGCUGGGUACCUGGCCAGCGUGAAGGACACGGGGCUGCACGGGCUCCUGCGGGAGUGCGGGAGGAGGUUCUGCGGCUUCAACAACCGGGCCACGGGCGCUGAGCAGCGCCAGCAGCUGGCCGAGCUCAUGGGCCAGGUGCAGAGCCUGGAGAGGGAGCUGCAGGGCGGCUUCCUGAGCUCCGAGCUGUCCCGGGAGGCGCAGCUGCUGCUGCAGCAGCAGCAGAGCACGAGGUCCGAGUGCGCGGAGCAGCGCGCGCGCUACCUGGGCCUGGUGCAGCGCGAGGUGGAGAAGCAGCGGCGGUCGGUGGUCGUGGCCCAGGGCAGCGGAAUGAGGAACCAGUUGCACAGGCUCCAGCCAGUUUUCGAUUCUGACUUCGUGUUUUGUUUUUUGGGGUGCAGCAUAUUAUUCAUCGUUAUCAUGCUGAUCUUUUUUGUAUUUUGAUGUCUCAUCGGCAUGGCAGCAUUUUCCACACCGUCAUGCAU